AUGUUAACAGAAUUUGCCGGCAACUUAGCUCAUCACCUGGAAUUUGGCCAUGCCCUGGAAAUUGUGGCCAAAACAAUAGAUGGUGCUUCAAGAUUUAAUCUUUCGUUGAUGACUUGCAAAUCGAUUAUCAAUCCUCAAGCCGACAUUGGUCUACGCAUUUCGGUAUAUUUUCGUGAAAAUUGUAUUGUACGAAAUGCACGCAUCGACGGUCAAUGGGGUGAAGAGGAAGUCGAAAAUAUUAGUAAAUAUUCACAACCCAAUCCCAUUGCAUCGGGUGAUUUCUUUAUGAUCUAUAUAUUGUGUUGUGAAGAUAAAUUUCACAUUUCGAUAAAUAGUAUACCAUAUUGUACGUUCAAUUAUCGUCUGCCAUUGGAGACGCUGCGAUCAUUGGAAUUGAAAGAUCAAAUACAGGCUAUCAAACAGGUCGAUCAUCGGACGGUAUUUCCAAAUCCAUGGCCACCAAUACACGCCAGUGAUUAUUUCAAGGCAUUCAGUAAUGAUGCACCGAUACUAUUUAGUCCGGGUCAUGUCAUCGUUAUGACCGCCAGAUGUUUUGACAAUAAAAAAGGACAAUUUAUAAUUAAGUUUAUGGACACGGAUACGAAGCGGGAAGAGUUACACUUUAGUGUACGAUUUAAUGAGAAGGUGGUGGUGCGAAAUGGUCAUGAUAGUAAAAACGAAUUUGGUCCCGAAGAACGCCAUGGCGGUUUUCCCUUUGUCUUCAAUCAACAAUUCAAGUUGGCCAUUGCCUUUACAGAACGUGAAUUCCUUACAGCCGUCGAUGGCUAUAAUUUCUGCAGCUAUGCCUAUCGUACAGCAAAUAUUCUACAAAAAUUGGUUGGCUUCAAGAUCGCCUGCACAAAUGGUUUACACAUGCACAUAACGGGUGUCGAUCAUGUCCAAAUGGGUGAUCCCAUGUGUACGGGAUUUGAAAAAUAUACCCGUUUUGAUUUUGAAUGUGCCUAA